AACCUGAAAGUCUCCACCCACGAACCUAGUUCAGGAACUCUGACACCUGAGUUCCACCCUGUCAACAUUCUUACUCCGAUUUGCCCCUUUGAGAGUGAGCAUUUGUUGCUCAGCUCAGCACCAGAGGUGGGGUGACAGCUACUGGGCAUUCUCCUGUGGACUUCCUCCGACCCAGCUCCACCUGUACUGGCUACUAUUUGUGGUCUAACCCCACUUGCCUGGAAAGAAAAAGAAGAGUCUUGAGGAGGUCCUACUGCCUACCCAGGCUAAAAAUGUCAACAAUUGGGAGCUUUGAAGGAUUCCAGCCAGUGUCUCUGAAGCAAGAGGGAGACGAUCCACCCUCUGAGACCGACCACUUGUCCAUGAAUGACAGGGAUUCAGGCAAGAAACCAGGACCAAGGCAGAUUUCAAGACAACCGAGUGUGACUACAUCGACACUUUACCCCAAUCCUUAUCACCAGCCUUAUGCUUCACGGAAGUACUUUGCUACCAGGCCAGGGGCCAUUGAGACAGCAGUGGAAGACCUGAGCAGGCAUAUUACACAGACUUCUGGAGAGACCGUCCAAGGCUUCUGGCUCCUGACAGAGAUCGAUCACUGGAACAAUGAGAAGGAGAAGAUCCUGCUGCUCACCGACAAAACACUGUUGAUCUGCAAAUAUGACUUCAUCAUGCUUAGCUGUGUGCAGAUGCAGCAGAUUCCUUUGAGUGUCAUCUGUCGCAUCUGUCUGGGCAAGUUUGUCUUCCCAGGGAUGUCUCUGGACAAGAGACCAGGAGAAGGCCUUAGGAUUUGCUGGGGGAGCACAGUGGAACAGUCUCUAUUGUCACGCUGGAACCCGUGGUCUACUGAGGUUCCCUAUGCGACCUUCACUGAGCACCCUAUGAAAUACACCAGUGAGAAGUUCCUUGAGAUUUGCAAGUUGUCUGGGUUCACAUCGAAGCUUGUUCCAGCUAUCAAGAGUGCUCACAAGAAUUCUACUGGAUCUGGAAGAGGAGAGGAACUGAUGGUGUUAACCCAGCCUAUUCUGAUUGAGACCUACACUGGGCUCAUGUCAUUCAUUGGAAACCGAAACAAACUUGGCUAUUCCCUGGCUCGUGGGGGUAUUGGCUUUUGAGACCCUUUGUUACAAAGUCCAUCAUCUGUAGAUAACUGAUGUGUUUAAAUGCAGUACUUUCUUUUUAAAUUACAAUAGUUACUUUCAAA